ACACCUGGAGCCGAAGACAUAUAAGAAUCAGUGAAUGGGACACUUUCCAGUUUCAAGAGGCUGUUAAGGAGCAGACCAGCAGAGCUGUUGAUACCAUACAGACUACAGCUGUUCAGAAAAUUCAAGGACAUAAUAGGAGCCUGUGAUUGAGACCACCUGGGAGAGAAAGAAGAGGAUGGCUUCCAAAAACUGGCUGCUCCUGCUCCUGAGCUGUGCCUCAGUCACAAGCAUCCUCGGAGAUAUUCUCUUGAGACCCAGCUGCAGCACAGGAUGGUUUUACUACAAAUCCAGUUGUUAUGGAUAUUUUCGAAAACCUCACACUUGGUCAGAUGCUGAGCUGGAGUGUCAGGCCUUUGGGAACGGGGCCCACCUGGCCUCUAUCUUAGAUCAAAAGGAAGCCAAAGUUAUAGCCAAGCACAUCUGGAGCUAUCAGCGAAACCAGCCUGUCUGGAUUGGUCUCAAUGACCCCCAAAAGAACAACAAAUGGAGAUGGAUUGAUGGAGGCUUCUAUUUCUUCCGAUCCUGGUCAAACAAGUCUUUCCAAGGAAACAAAGCCUGUGCUGAGAUGGAUCAUGAGAACAAUUUCUUAACCUGGAAUAAAAAUGACUGCAGCAAGCGCCGACACUUUAUAUGCAAGUACCGACCCUAGAAGCUAGGCUAAAUCGUCACACCAGACACAAGCAUGUCCUUUUUUCAUCUUUAUCUCAAUGGAAAGAUCCCAUGAACUACUAGAGAAACUUUUCCCUCUUUAACCUUUUCCAGUGGUUUUUAUCAACAAUAUAUCAGCAAUGGAGCCAACUGCAUUCUGAAGCAUUAAUUUUUCAAUUCUUAUGUGUUCUUCCUUCCCUCCCUCCUGCCCCUUUCUUUAGUCUUUGGGCAGACUGAAGACAGGGAUAGGAAGAAGGAUAUUACCCCCAAAUGAUGAAGGAUCUCUGUGACUUUAAGAAGUGGGAGAUGGAGGGGUAGUGCGUAAAGCAAGUUUUCUGAGCACAUGAGAUGGUUGUCUCAGCUCUAUGGGAUCUUCCUUCUCCAAGUUUGCUUACCCUGACCCUUCUAACCCCGCCAUAGCCUCCCAACUCUUGUCAGAAGGACAUGUAUCCAGUGCAAAGCACAGUCUGUCCGUCAGCAGACCAAAUCUAGGUCAUGAGUUAUGCUGUUCCCUUUUAUGUGCACAAAAGCUGUUUCAUUUGGGGCUGCUCAGGGUUCAAAGAGCACACUCAACUUUUCCUCUACAAUUCUUUCCUCAUAGAUCCUCUGUCCCACUUCAUAAUGGCCAUCUCUGAGAUGCCUAUAUAUAUAUAAACACAUUAUAUACAUACACACACGUAUGUAUGCAUGUAAGUUGUCUCCUCCCUUUGGAUAUGAGCUUCUUGAAAGCAAAGACAAUUUUAUGUUAUGUCUUUCUAUCCUUGGCAUCUGACAUGUCUGACCCCCCAAGUAUUGCUUAAUAAAUACUUGAUGGUUGAUUAA